AUUUUAGAAAACUACAGGAACCUUGUCUUCCUGGGUAUUGCUAUCUCUAAACCAGACCUGAUCGCCUGUCUGGAGCAAGAAAAGGAGCCUUUGAUUAUGAAGAGAGAUGAGAUGGCAGAUGAACCCCCAGGCAUGGUGGCUCACGCCUAUAAUCUCAGCAUUUUCGGAGGCCGAGGUGGUGAAUCACAAGGUCAAGAAAUCAAGAUCAUCCUGAUCAACAAGUAAUGUGUUCUCAUUUUGCCCAAGAGUUUUGGCCAGAGCAGAACAUAAAAGAGUCUUCUCAAAACAUGACACUGAGAAGAUAUGAAAAAUGUGGAAAUGAAAAUUUUCAAUUUAACGGCUGUAAAUGUGUGGUUGAGUGUAAGGUCCACAAAGGCGGUUUUAAUGAACUUAACCAAUGUUUACCAACUACCCAGAGCAAGAUGUUUCCGUGUGAUAAAUAUGUGCGAGUCUUUCAUAAAUAUUCACAUUCAGAUAGAGAUAAGAUCAAACAUAUGGAAAAUAAACAUUUCAAAUAUAAAGAAUGUGGCAAAUCAUUUUGCAUGCUUUUACGCCUAACUCAAUGUAAAAGAGUUUAUACUAGAGUGAAUUUUGGCAAAUAUGAAGAAUGUGAAAAAGCUUUUAACCAGUCUUCAAAGCAUACUACACAUAAGAGAAUUUAUACUUGUGAGAAACUCUACAAAUGUCAAGAAUGUGACAAAGCUUUUAACCAGCUCUCAAAUCUCACUGCAUAUAAAAAAAAUUAUACUUGAGAGAAAUCAUACAAAUGUGAAGAAUGUGGCAAAGCCUUUAAGCGAUCCUCAACUCUUACUACACAUAAGAGAAUUCAUACAGGAGAGAAACCCUACAAAUGUGAAGAAUGUGGAAAAGCUUUUAAACACUCCUCAACGCUUACUACACAUAAAAGAAUUCAUACUGGUGAGAAACCCUACAAGUGUGAAGAAUGUGGAAAAGCUUUUAACCGAUUUUCAAAACUUACUCAACAUAAAAACAUUCAUACUGGAGAGCAACACUACAAAUGUGAGGAAUGUGGCAAAGCUUUUUCCCGAUCCUCAAAUCUUACUGCACAUAAGAGAAUUCAUACAGGUGAGAAACCCUACAAAUGUAAAGAAUGUGGAAAAGCUUUUAACCGAUCCUCAAACCUUACUGAACAUAAAAACAUUCAUACUGGAGAGCAACCCUACAAAUGUGAAGAAUGUGGCAAAGCCUUUAAUCAUUUCUCAAAUCUUACUACACAUAGGAGAAUUCAUACCAGAGAGCAACUCUACAUUUGUGAAGGAUGUGGCAAAGCUUUUACCCAAUCCUCAAGUCUUACUACACAUAAGAGAAUUCAUACCGGAGAGAAACCCUACAAAUGUGAGGAAUGUGGCAAAACUUUUAAACGAUCCUCAAAUCUUAGUGAACAUAAGAAAAUUCAUACUGAAGAGAAACCCUACAAAUGUGAAGAAUGUGGCAAAGCUUUUAGACUCUCCUCAGCGCUUACUAAACAUAAAAGAAUUCAUACUGGUGAGAAACCCUACAAAUGUGAAGAAUGUGGAAAAGCUUUUAACCGAUUUUCAAAACUUACUCAACAUAAAAACAUUCAUACUGGAGAGCAACGCUACAAAUGUGAGGAAUGUGGCAAAGCUUUUUCCCGAUCCUCAACUCUUACUGCACAUAAAAGAAUUCAUACUGGUGAGAAACUGUACAAAUGUCAAGAAUGUGGAAAAGCUUUUAACCGAUCCUCAAAACUUACUCAACAUAAAAACAUUCAUAUUGGAGAGCAACCCUACAAAUGUGAGGAAUGUGGCAAAGCUUUUACCUGAUCCUCAGCUCUUACUGCACAUAAGAGAAUUCAUACCAGGGAGAAACCCUACAAAUGUAAAGAAUAUGGCAAAGCUUUUAAACUCUUCUCAGCCCUUAGUAUACAUAAAAGAAUUCACACUGGUGAGAAACCCUACAAAUGUGAAGAAUGUGGAAAAGCUUUUAAGAAAUCCUUAAUACUUACCGAACAUAAAAACAUUCAUACUGAAGAGAAACCCUACGAAUGUAAAGAAUGUGGCAAAGCUUUCAAAAAAUCCUCAGCCCUUACUACACAUAAAAGAAUUCAUACUGGUGAGAAACUCUACAAAUGUGAAGAAUAUGGAAAAGCUUUUAAACACUCCCACUCCCUUACUACACAUAAGAGGAUUCAUACCAGAGAGAAACCCUACAAAUGUGAAGAAUAUGGCAAAGCUUUUAAACACUCCUCAGCGCUUACUACACAAAGAAUUCAUACUGGCGAGAAACCCUACAAAUGUAAAGAAUGUGGAAAAGCUUUUUACCAAUCCUCAAAACUUUCUGAACAUAAGAAACUUCAUACUGGAAAGAAACCCUGCAAAUGUGAGGAAUGUGGCAAAGCUUUUAACUGAUCCUCAAGUCUUACUGUACAUAAGAAAAUUCAUACUGAAGAGAAACCCUACAAAUGUGAAGAAUAUGGCAAAGCUUUUAAACACUCCUCAGCGCUUACUACAAAAAGAAUUCAUACUGGUGAGAAACCCUACAAAUGUGAAGAAUGUGGAAAACUUUUUACCAAUCCUCAAAACUUUCUGAACAUAAGAAACUUCAUACUGGAAAGAAACCCUGCAAAUGUGAGGAAUGUGGCAAAGCUUUUAACUGAUCCUCAAAACUUACUGAACAUAAAAUAAUUCAACUGGAGAGAAACCCUAUAAAUGUGAGGAUGUGACAAAGCUUUUAACCAAUCUGCGAACCUUGCUAGACAUAAAAAAAUUUAUAUUGGAGAGAAAAAUCUACAAAACUGAAAGAUGUGACAAUGAUUUUGACAACAGCUUAAACUUUUCUAAAUAUAAAGAAAGUCAUACUGGUGAGAAAUACUAGAAAUGUAAAGAAUGUGUCAAAGACUUUAAAUAGUUUUCACACUUGAUUGUAUAUAAGAUAAUUCAUACUGGAGAAAACUAAGUGUGAAGUAUUUGGCAAUACUGUUAAUGCCCAAAUCUUAUUGCACAGGAAAGCAUUUAUACUUGAGAGAAAUUGUACAAAUACAACGGAGAUGGAAUAGCCAUUAAUCUCUGCUCACAUCUUAAUAUCAGAAUGUUUGCACUUAAUAAAACCAUAAUAAAUGGAAUUACUGUCAAAAAGGAAAAUAUAAGCCUUUAAAGCUAAGUGUAUUCAUUUUGAAGACAAAUAUUACAAACAUAAAGAACGUUUUAGUACAUUUACGUGUAUCACAGAUCUUGUCACCCACAUUUUGUACUAGGGAAAAACCCUGAAGCAGUUGCUCAAACUUUAUUCAACAUCAGGCAUUCUGUAUUGGAGAAAAAUUCUGCAAAUGUAAUAAAUUUGGAAAAACCUACUUUUCAAAACCUAUAGCUUAGAAAACACAAGAGAGUUUAUACUAAAAUAUGUUUUUGCAGGCCAGAAAUGGUGGCUCACACCUGAAAUCCCAGUACUUUGGGAGGCCGAGGCAGGUGGAUCACCUCAGGUCAAGAGUUCGAGACUAGCCUGGUCGACAUGGCAAAGCAUCAUCCUUACAAAAAAUAUAAAAAUUACCCGGGCGUGGUGGCUGGUGCCUGUAAUGUAUUUUCAGCUACUCAGGAGGCUGAGACAGGAGAAUCACUUGAACCUGGGAGCAGUGAGCCAAGAUUGUGCCAUUGCACUCCCACCUGGCUGACAAGACUGAAACUCUGUCUUAAUAUAUAUAUAUAUACACACACAUAUUUGGAGAUGCAGUAAAUAUAAAACUAUUUUAAUACUAAGUUUUAUGUAAAUAUCAGAUAACUUCCAGUAAAAAUAUCUAAGGCACUGACUGAGACAUUACAGUAAAUCAGAGUGCUGAGUAUAAAAAAAAAAAUCCGGAGCUAAAGUUGGUAGAUAAAUCAUUUGUGUAUAACUAUAAAAGAUGCAAAAAGUUUUUGAAAAGUUAUAAUUACAUUCAAAGUACACUUUUAGCAUGGUGGCUCACACCUGUAAUCCCAGCACUUUGGGAGGCUGAGGCAGGUGGAUCACCUGAGGUGAGGAGUUCAAGACCAGCCUGAUCAAAAUGGAGAAACCCCAUCUCUACUAAAGAUACAAAAUUAGCUGGGCGUGGUGGCCCACACCUGUAAUCCAGCUACUUGGGAGGCUGAGGCAGGAGAAUCGCUUCAGUCCAGGAGGUGGAGAUUGUGGUAAGCUGAGAUCAUGGCAUUGCACUGCAGACUGGGCAACAAGAACAAAACUUCAUCUAAAAUAAAUUUAUACAUAUAUACCUUAAAAAAAAACCAGAUUUGUAACAUGAAUAAUUUCAUAAUUUCAACUGUCAAGUUACUUCAUGCUCUUCAUUCCUAUUGUAUGAGACUUUUUAAAAUUAGGAGGGCAUUCGUUAUGAUCUUUUAUAUGGAAGGGUAAGGGCAUUAAAAUGUAAGACAAAUGAUAAAUAUCUAAGUUGAGAGGCUCUUGUUAACAUAGGUGGUGCCUGAGGUAGGUGUUCAGAAUAAUAUUCUGCAUUAUAGAGAAAGAAGCAUUUUAUUUUUGUUUUUUUGAGAUGGAGUCUCUCUCUGUCAUCCAGACUGGAGUGCAGUGGUGCAAUCUUGGCUCACUGCAACCUCCAUCCACCUUCCAGGGUUCAAAGGAUCCUCCAGCCUCAGCCUCUUGAGUAGUUGGGAUUACCAGUGUGCGCCGCUAUGCCCAGCUAAGUUUUGUAUUUUUAGUAAAGCCGGGGUUUCACCACGUUGGUCAGGCUGUUCUCAAACUCCUGACCUCAUGAUCCACCAGCCUCGGCCUCUCAAAGUGCUGGGAUUACAGACGUGAGCCACCGUGCCUGGCCAAAAAAAGCAUUUUAAAUUUUAGUUGAAAUAAGUAGUAUAUUAUUUUACUAGUUGUACUGUUAUGUAAUAAAAUGUAUAUACUUAAAAUUUUAAGGCUGGGUGUGGUGGCUCACGUCAAUAAUCCCAGCACUUUGGGAGCCGAGGCGGGUGUAUCACAAGGUCAAGAGAUCGAGACCAUCCUGGUAAACAAGCUGAAACCCCGUCUCUACUAAAAAUACAAAAAUUAGCUGGGCAUGGUGGUGCACGCCUGUAGUCCCAGCUACUCGGGAGGCUGAGGCAGGAGAAUUGCCUGAACCCAGAAGGUGGAGGUUUCAGUGAGCCGAGAUCGUGCCAUUGCACUUCAGCCUGGGUCAAAAAAGCAAAACUCUGUCUCAAAAAAAAAUUUUUUUAAUUAUGUGUGAACUUAAUUAUUUGAAAUUUUAUUUAAUAAUGUUUAGAGAAUUGUUCAUUUAAUAAAGUGUUACUAUUCCACUACCUAUUUUACCUUACUCAAGGGUAUAGGCAAAAGAUGGUAAUAUAUUUGGUAACAUCAUGAACAAAUAUUUCUAGUAAUAACUUUUGCCAGUGACUUGAAAGUCCAAGGAGGUUAAAGAAUAUUAUUUCCAUAGGUUCAAUAUUUAUUUUUUCAUACUUAAAUUUAUAAUUUCUGAUUUUUGUGGAUACAUUGUAGGUGUAUAUAUUUAUGCCAUAUGUAGCAUAUUUUGAUACAGGUGUACAAUAUGUAAUAAUUACAUCAGGGAAAAUUAAGUAUUCAUCAUCUUCAGCAUUAAUUCUUUGUAUUACAAACCAAUUCUACUGUUUAAAUUUUUUUAAAUGAAUAGUUGUUGUUGACUACACGUCUAUUUUUAUGAUUAUAGUAAAAAUUAUAUAGAAGUAUAAAGUUCACUCGUUCUGAGUUCUGAAUAAACAUUUUAAAAUUGUUAUAUAGUUUUGAACAUGUGGCCUCUCUGCCUGCAAACACAUAAACGUUCUUAGUUUUGAUUUACAUAAAGAUAAAUAUACAUAUGCAUUACUUUGAAGUUAAACCUUAGGUAUAAGAAAAUUUUGGGUCGGGCGUGGUGGCUCACACCUGUAAUCCCAGCACUUUGGAAGGCUGAGGCGGGUGGAUGACGAGGUCAAGGAAUGGAGACCAUCUUGGUCAACAUGGUGAAACCCCGUCUUUACUAAAAAUACAAAAAUUGGCUGGGCAUGGUGGUGCGCGCCUGUAGUCCCAGCUACUCGGGAGGCUGAGGCAGGAGAAUUGCUUGAAUUUAGGAGGCAGAGGUUGCGGUGAGCCGAGAUUGUGCCAUUGCACUCCAGUCUGGGUAACAAGAGCGAAACUCUGUUUCAAAGAAAGAAAAUGGUGGAGUCAGUAAGCAUGUUUGUAUGAGUAUAAAUUUGUACCUAUUUUCAGAAGAAAAAAGCAGUGUUGGAACAAAAAUUAUUUUAGUAAGGUGAGGAAUUUACUAGGAAGGUAUAAACCUAAAAAAUGCUGAAAGCAAAGCUAUACGCUUUCCUUUUUUUUUUUUUUUUUUUGGGAAAUGGAGUUUUGCUCUUGUUGCCCAGGCUGGAAUGCAUUGCCAUGAUCUUCGCUCACUACAACCUCCGCCUCCCAGGUUCAAGCGAUUCGACUGCCUCAGCCUCCGCAGUAGCCUGGAUUAGACACGCACCACCAUGCCCGGCUAAUUUUGUAUCUUAAGUAAAGACGGGGUUUGCAAUGUUGGUUUCGAACUCCUGACCUGAAGUGAUCCACAUGACUUGGCCUUCCAAAGUGCUGGAAUUACAGGCAUGAGCCAUCGAGCCUGGCCUAUACUUUUUUCUUUCUUGCUUUUUUUUUUUUUUUUUGAGUUUUGCUGUUGUUACCCAGACUGGAGUGCAACGGCAGGAUCUCCGCUGACCGGAACCUCCGCCUCCUGGGUUCAAGCAAUUCUUCUGCCUCAGCCUCCCGUGUAGCUGGGACUACAGGCGGCCAGCACCAUACCCAGCUAAUUUUUGUAUUUCUAGUAAAGAUGGGGUUUCACCUUGUCUACCAGGAUGAUCUGGAUCUCUUGACCUCGUGAUCCACCCGCCUCGGCCUCCUAAAGUGCUGGGAUUAUAGGCAUGAGCCAUCACGCCCGGCCUACUCCUUUUUUUCUACUGGAUUAAUUACUGUAAAAUAUUAUGGUUUAUGGUUCAAAAUCUCUUGAUGCAAAUUUUAUUUUUACUUACAUGAUACUCAUGCUAAACCUACAUUUUUUGUUUCUUAUAAUCUUUUUCUUUUAUAGUUUAUGAGGUUUUCAUUAUGUGAAGUGGUCAAAGAUUAUAUAAUUAUAAAAUUUAGUGCAUACAAUAAUUUUUAGAUGUAAUUCCAUAGUGUAGUUAUAUUUUAUCAAAUUAGAACAUUCCAUUUUGUUCUUUUAAUUGAAAAACCCUAUAUGUAAGCCUACUUUUCUUUAGUUGUUCCUUUAACUUUAUAUAAUUGACAAAAGUAAAUUUAUUUGUUGAUUGAGCCAGUUCAGGUAACUGCUAAGAAGUCCUCAUAAGUCAUGAGGAUGUUUUAAUAUAUAAAUGUAGCAAAACAAAGACAGUGCUUGCUGAGUAACAGAUGGUUUAUAAUCCGUAAAUAUUCCUGUUAGAGUCAGUUUGUAAUUUUAAGUCAGAGACAUAAAAUAUCAACGAUUAAGAAAAAAUACUGAUUGAUUAUGUGGAGAGGACCUUUUUUUAGGCAGCAAACCUGAAUAUUGCUUAAUAUAAAGAAAAAUUCUGGUUAUUUUAUUUUUUAAUGAUGUUGUUUUGCUUGUCUUUUGUGUUUUUCUACUAUGUAUAAUGUCACAACCUUUCUUUUCUUUCUGUUUUAUGGCUACAGUUUUCUCACUGUUGUUUUUAUGCCAUGUCAUUUUACAUGCUGCUUUGUUGGUUUUGAUGAGAAAGAUGGUAUUUAUAAUGCACUUAAAACAUUGGUUUUAACUGGAGAAUUUGCUUGUCAAUAUAACUUUUUUUUUUUUUUGAGACUGAGUCUCACUCUGUUGUCAGGCUGGAGUGCAGUGGCAUUAUCUUGGCUCACUGCUACCUGCACCUUUCAAAUUCAAGCGAUUCUCCUGCUUUAGCCUUCUGAGUAGCUGGGACUACAGGCUUGACCCAGCUAAUUUAGUACUAUGUUUAGUAAGACUGAAGAGAGUGGCAUACUUGUGUUACUGUAGCUCAUGUAUAUAUAUAUGUGUGUGUGUGUGUAUAUAUAUAUAUAUAUAUAUAUUUUUUUUUUUUAAUAUAAGAUUGAGUCUCACCAAGUUGGUCAGGCUGGUCUUGAACUCCCGACCUCAGGUGAUCUGCCUGCCUUGGCCUCCAAAAUGCUUGGAUUACAUGCAUGAGCUACCAUGCCCACCUGUUGUAGCUCUUAGAGUAAAAGCUCACAUUUCCCUGUUUGGGAUGUUGUCAGCUGUGCGAUUUUUGUUAUAUGUGGUGUUUAUUGGCUUACGGUGCAUUUUCCCUAUAACUAAUUUAUUCACAUCUUUAUCACGAGGGAAUGUGACUUUUGUUAAACUUUUAUUCUGCGUGUAUUUAAAUGUUAAACAUGUGAAAGUACAGGUAAUUCCACAUAAAUACAAAACAUCCUCAGAGACUGCUAUAAACAAUUCUAUGCAUGCAAAGUAAGAAAUUUAGAGAAAAUAAAUGAACUCAUAAAUACACACAAUCUCCCAAAAUUGAACCAUUAAGAAACAAAAAUCUAGAGCACAGCAAAAAUGUAUAAUGAAAUUGAAUUACUAAUAAAAAACCAUGAAUAGCCCUGAAUCAGAUAAAUUCACUUGCAAAUUUUACCGCAUAUAAACAAAAUGAACUGGUACAGUUAUACUGAAUAUAUAUAAAAAAUCAAAGUGGGAUUUAUAUGAAACCAGUAUCAUCCUAAUACGAAAAUCUAAUUAAGACACACACACGGGCCUGGCGCGGUGCUUCACGCCUAUAAUCCCAGCACUUUGGGAGGCCGAGGAGGGUGGAUCACGAGGUCAAGAGAUCGAGACCAUCCUGGUCAACAUGGUGAAACCCCGUCUGUAUUAAAAAUACAAAAUAUUAGCCCGGAAUGGUGGCGCGUGCCUGUAAUUCUAGCUACUCCGGAGGCUGAGGCAGGAGAAUUGCCUGAACCCAGGAGGCGGAGGUUGCGGUGAGCCGAGAUCGCGCCAUUGCACUCCAGCCUGGGUAACAAGAGCGAAACUAUGUCUAAAUAAUAAUAAUAAUAAUAAUUUUUCUUCUCUACCAGAGCCUUGACUAUAUUCUCUACAGUAUUGCUUUGUAUAUUUCUUAUAGAUUUCUUACCAUGAAUUUAUAAUCUGCAAUAUUAAAAAUGUUCCUUUUGUGGCUGCUGAACAUGGGUAGGUGUGUAUACUCAAGAUUACUAUUAAAAAAAAGCUGGGGUUCUCAGUAAAAAUGGAGAAUAUGUAAGGUUCCAUCUGUGUUUCUCAUUAGCUCUGGUCAUAAAAUGAUUAAGAAAAUGCCUAUUUAAACAAUAUGGCAUUUAUUAACCAGAAAUUUCAGAGAAACAUUAUUAGGAGAUACCUGCCCUCCAGGGUGCUGAAGAAAGACUACCUAAAAUCACUAUUAAAAACUACAAAGUGGCCAGGUGAGGUGGCUCAUGCCAAUAAUCCAAGCACUUUGGGAGGCCAAGGCGGGUGGAUCACGAAGUCAAGAGAUCGAGACCAUCAUGGUCAACAUGGUGAAACCCCGUCUCUACAAAAAAAAAUACCAAAAAAUUAGCUGAGCGUGGUGGCGUGCGCCUAUAGUCCCAGCUACUUGAAAGACUGAGGCAGGAGAAUUGCUUGAACCUGGAGGCCGAUGUUCCGAUGAGCCGAAAUCGCGGCAUUGCACUCCAGCCUGGGUAACAACGGCGAAACUCCGUCUCAGAAAAAAAAAACAAAACAAAAAAUACUACAAAGCAUAGGAGAUACCUGCAUCGUGAACUUUGCAUAAAACUGAUGUUUUAUGGUUAAAUUUAGACUAUAAUUUCCUUUUUCAGGAUGCAGUGUUUCAGCAGUGAUGCUGUGUUUUUCUGUGUGCAUCAGCAGAGUAUAAAAAUUUGUCCUAGUGUAGUUGAUGUUAGCGAUUCACUUGGUUAAAUAUCUCUCUGACAAACUUUUGCUAUAAUUAUUUUUCUCUUCAUUAUUAAGUAUAUAUUAAUGCAGCUGUGCAUAAAUUAUUACAUUUAACCUGGCAGCUGCCCUUCUUUCUUAGGUUUUCUUUGUAUAUAUCUGUCUUUGGUAAAUGAAGGCUCUCAUCUUUGUUUAAAGGCCAGAAAAACUAGGAAAAACACAGGCUCUUCAACGUACUAGAUGUUUAACAAAAUAUUGUUCUCUGGCCAAAUAUAUUGACAUUACUGGUGAGUUUGUUAGAAAUUCAAUCAGACUAUAUUUUACAUCUUCUCAAAAAACAAUUUGCAUUAAUAAGAUCUCCAGUUUAUUGUACACAUUAAAAUUUGAGAGGUGCCUUCAAACAUGAUCUGUCAUUUUCAUUUUACAAAAACUUUACACGUUGAUGUUUAUGUACUUGAUUUUAUACUUUAUUAUCCAGAAAGAUAUUAUAUAUUUUCUAGUGUUAUAGAUUUUAUGCCGCUCUCUCUUCUUCUAAGGGUUAAAAAAUACAUUCGAGAAUGUUUCUGUGUUAAAAAUUAUUUUAUUGGAUAAUUUCAGUCAUUCCUGUAAGUCGGAACCAGUUCUCUUUGCUUUCUUAUUUUACCUUGAGUCAAAUUAUAAAUUUUGCCCAUGGCCACUUUGUAAACGUAUGUGUGUACACUUCAGGAGGCAUUGAAAUUUAGGGACUUGGUCAUAGAAUUCUCUCUGGAGGAGUGGCAAUGCCUGGACUCUGCACAGCGGAAUUUAUAUAGGAAUGUGAUGUUAGAGAACUACAGAAACCUGGUCUUCCUGGGUAUUGCUGUCUCUAAGCCAGACCUGAUCACUUGGCUGGAGCAAGAAAAAGAGGCUUGGACUAUAGAGAGACAUGAGAUGGUGGCCAAACCCCCAGACUGUCGCUCCAUCACCCAGGCUAUAGUGCAGUGGUGCAGUCUCGGCCCACUGCAGCCUCUGCCUCCCUUCAAGCAAUUAUCCAGCCUCAGCCAUUUAUUUGUUCUCAUUUUGCCCAAGACUUUUCACAGAGCAGAACAUAAAAGAUUCUUUUCAAAAAGUGAUACUGAAAAGAUAUGGAAAAUGUGGACAUGAGAAUUUACAGUUAAGAAAAUGUGGCAAAAGUGUGGAUGAGUGCAAAGUGCAAUCAGGAGGUUAUAAUGGACUUAAUAAAUGUUUGCCAACUACCCAGAGCAGAAUAUUUCAAUGUGAUGAAUACAUGAGAUCAUUUUGCAUUUUUUCAAACCUAACUCAACAUAAAAUAAUUUAUUUGAGAGUAAAUAUCUACAAAUGUGAAGACUGUGGAAAAGUUUUUAAUGGAUCCUCAAUCUUUAGUAAACAUAAAAGAAUGUAAAUUGAAAAGAAACCCUACAAAUGUGAAAUAUGUGGCAAAGUCUUUAACCAGUUCUCAACACUUACUACACAUAAGAGAAUUCAUACCAGAGAGAAACUCAACUAACAUAAGGAAUGAGGCAAAAAUUUCAAUCAGUCCUCACACCUUCCUAGACAUAAGAUAAUUAAUCCUGGAGAAAAAUCCUACAAAUGCGGAGACUGUGGCAAAGCCUUUAGGCAGUCCUCACAACUUACUACACAUCAGACAAUUCAUACUGGAGAGAAACCAUACAAAUGUGAAGAAUGUGGCAAAGCCUUUAACCAAUCCUCAAAAUUACUGAACAUAAAAUUAUUCAUACUGGAGAGCAACCCUACCAAUGUGAAAAACGUGGCAAAGCCUUUAAACAAUCCUCAAUUCUUACUGAACAUAAGAAUAUUUAUACUGAAGAGAAACCAUACAAAUGUGAAGAAUGUGGCAAAGCUUUUAACCAGUCCUCAAUUUUUACUACACAUAAGAAAAUUCAUACUUACUAAAAUGAACUAUCCUGACUCCAUCUUAGAAAUAAGCCUGACAGGCUCCAGCUUAGCUUCUCCCUCCCUGCCACAGCCCUCACAAAUGCAUUACUGAGUCAUGCUGUGCUCAGAGCCUUGAACUGUUGAGGUUUGGGUCAUGCUGUUCUCAAUACCUGUAACCAAUGUAACCACAUCCUGCUUGGCAAGUCUACCUGCUGUUGUGAAUACCCCUCUUGGUGAUUGAUUGUAUGGAAAGUCCUCCCUGGUAGCCCCCUUGAUGAUUAUAUGGAAAUGGUCUUAGUAACCAGCAACUAUGGGAACCUCCUGCCUCCUGGUUCCCAGCCUCUUCCUACUAACUUGCUUGUUCUGCUUCUGUAGAAUUCUGCUUCAACUAGGCUCCCCCUCCCGUAUCCUAAGCUAGGUAUGCAAAGAAAUCAAGCCCCUUCCUCAGGGCAGAGAGAUUUUUAAGUGUUAGCCACCUCUCAGAUGCCGGGAAAAAAAGACUCUCAAUCAGAACUCAGAAAGUAGCGCUUUCUCUAACUCGCUUGGUUACAACAUUUGGCGAGAUAUUGCCACCAGGUGUGGGCUGGACUCACUCCGAGGUCCCCCAGAUGCAGUGGUGAAGUAUAGGGGAGGAUCCCCUUGAGACGUUCCAGAGCCCCAUAGGUCACCAUUUUCCAGAGGAGAUUGGAUCGACCACUGACUCACCCCUCUAGCUUCUUUUCUGAGUCCUCUGUCCUCGUCCACGGAAAAGUAAGUUAGGCCUGGCUCUGUGUUUGGACCAGGGAGGGGCAUUGGCCCUGACGAGGUCCACCUUUCAGGAUUCUGUCAACACUCCAGAAAGCUGGAGGACAGAGUUCCCAAUUCUGUGAGAAAUUUCUGAGGGAUAGGAAAUUUCUCUGGGAUCCUGACUGUUUGGAAAACUCUGCCCCUACCGCGAAAGCUCUCUCUCUCUUUCCCUCCCCUACCAAGAGGCUCCCUUAUCUCUCACUUUACAUACCGGCCCUAGCCCUACCGCUGCCCAGCUUCCCGCCGCCCAGCUUCCCGCCCAGCAGUUCAAACUGACCAACAGUUGCCCACCACCUCGGCUUGCGACUUCCCCACUCCCCCAGCCCUUCAGCCCCCUAUAAAACAACCCUGCCCCUCUGAGCGGCGCGGCCAUUUUCCUCUUCCUCCCAGCUGGUCCGCCCGGAGGCUCUUUCCUCUCAAUAAAGCCUGAACUUAGGGAAUUUCCUCUAACCUGUGGUCCGGUUUUUUCCGAACGAGCUCAGUCUUCCCGCAGAGGGUAGGUCGGACAACAACCAUCUUCUUGCAACUUCCGACUGCCCUGCAGCCGGAUGCCGAAGCGCCAAAUGCUACAAGCACCGCUCCACUGCACCCGGCGGGCUGCUUUUCUACCCCUAGCCGUAGGCCUCUCCCUGGUAACCUCGGCACUUGCAGCUGGACUGGGAGGAGGAGCACUAACCCACUCUCACCUGGCUAUAGCCCGGCUAACCUCACAAUUCCAAACUGCUGUUGAUGACUCUGCUGAGUCAUUAGCAUCACUCCAACGACAGAUUACCUCAGUUGCCCAAGUUGCCUUGCAGAACCGAAGAGCCCUGGACCUGCUCACCACUGAAUGAGGAGGGACCUGUAUCUUCCUACAGGAAGAGUGCUGUUACUACAUCAAUGAAUCCGGCCUAGUAGAAACCCGAAUCGAGAGCCUCCAGAAACUCAAAACUAACCUGCAGAAUCAAAAAUUCUCGGCUGAAGCCACGGCGUGGUGGUCUUCCUCUACGUAUACCCUCUUGUCCCCGCUGCUUGGGCCCCUAAUAGCCGUUUGCCUAAUCUUACUUAUUGCUCCUUGCUUUCUACAGUUCAUACAGCGGUGCUUUCAAGAACUAACUCGAGUCACCAUCCACCAGAUGCUGCUCCAACCCUACCCUGAAUGAGUGCUAGAAGCGGACCUCUCUCCUUAAGAAAAGAAAUCUCUUCAGAACCCCCGGUCGACCCUUGUCAGCAGGAAGUAGCCAGAGAGACAACCGACGCCCCUGACACCCUCUUUUCUUCUUUUCUUUUAAGGAGUCGGGAAUGUUUAGAAAACUCUGCCCCUACCAUGAAAGCUCUCUUUCCCUCCCCCAUGAAGAGGCUCCCUCAUCUCUCAUUCUACAUACCGCUCUAGCCUUCCCGCCCGGCCACAGCCACCUCCCGCCCAGCAACUGGUUGACCAAUCACCGCCCGCCUCAUUAGCUGUUCCCAGUUUCCUGCCGCCCGGCUUCCCCACCCAGCAGUUUAAACUGACCAACCGUUGCCCGCCACCUCAGCUCCCUCAGCUUCCCACUCCCUCAGCCCUUCAGCCCCCUAUAAAAGAACCCUGCCCCUCUGAGCACGCACGGCCAUUUUUCCUUUUUGUCCCGGCUGGCUCGUCCAGAGGCUCUUUCCUCUCAAUAAAGCCUGAACUUAAGGAUUUUCUCCUAACCUGCGGUCCGGUUUUUUCCAAACGAGCUCAGUCCUCCCGCAGGAGGUAGGUCGGACACUUACUUCUGCCUCUCCAACAGGUUCUUCGACACAGAUUUCAUUCCUUUUUAUAGGAUAUAUCAGAGCCCACUCUAACCUACCUGGAACCUUGGCCACUGGAAAUUCUGCUGCUGAUGCCCUAACUUAAAAUAUUUUUCCUGCCCUUUCUUUUAUACAGCAGUCAGAGUCUUCCCAUGAUAUACAUCACCAAAACGCAAGGAGCCUCUGACUACAGUUUCACAUUACUAGGGAACAGGCAAGACAAAUUGUAAAACAAUGCCCUGCCUGUGUUUCUUUUCUCCCACAGACCAUUCAUCUUGGAGUUAACCUGCGCGGUUUACACCCUGCCCAUAUCUACCAGAUGGAUGUUACACAUUUUUUUCCUUUUGGUAAACUUAAAGUUAUUCAUGUUACCAUUGAUACUUUUUCCCACUUUCUUGUAGCUUCCGCCCACACCGGAGAAGCAGUUAAGGAUGUUAUUUCUCAUUGUCUACUGGUAUUUUCUAUUAUUGGUUCUCCUAAGAUUUUAAAAACUGACAACGGUCCUGCUUAUACCAAUAAGAGUUUUCAGUCAUUUUGUUCACAAUUUCAAAUCUCUCAUCGUACAGGUAUUCCUUACAACCCUCAAGGCCAGGGUAUCAUUGAACGCUCUCAUGCUGUUCUCAAAAAUCUGCUAUCUAAACUGAAACAUGAUUCUAAUACUGUGUCAUUUUCCAAGUCUCCGCAUGACUGUCUUUGUCAUGCACUCUAUGUAUUAAACUUUCUCAUUUAAGAUGACAACAACUGCUCUGCUGCUGAUUGUUUUUGGCAUCCUGAUCAUAAGGCUCACCCCGAAGUUAACUGGAAAGAUGCCCUUUCUAAUCAGUGGCUCAGAUCUAGUGCUCAUAUGGAGAUGAGGACAUCUGCUGGUUCACCUAUUUGGGUUCCUGAACGCCUAGUGAAGCAUGAAUAUAAACAACAGACGAGGUCCAAACUCCUUGAUCCUGAGAUUUCAUCGGCUGCGCUGGUCAUUCCCUAAAGCUUACUAAAUGUUGCCUAAAAAUGCCAUUGAUCACUUUGCCAUUGGCAGUGGUGCGUGCCUGUAGUACCAGCUACUCGGGAGGCUGAGGUGGGAAGAUACCUUGAGUCCAGGAGUUCUGGGCUGUAGUGCGCUAUGCCAAUCUAGUGUCUGGACUAAGUUCGGCAUCAAUAUGGUGACCUCCCAGGAGCGUGGGACCACCAGGUUGCCUAAGGAGGGGUGAACCGGCCCAGGUCGAAAACGGAGCAGGUCAAAACUCCCGUGCUGAUCAGUAGUGGGAUCGCACCUGUGAAUAGCCAUGGCACUCUAGCCCAGGCAAUGUAAUGAGACCCAGCUCUAAAAAGAAAAGAAAAAGAAAAAUGCCAGUGAGCACUUUUAACCAUGUUACCUCUUUCCUCCCAUUGAUGUGGUCAUGUUGUGGUCUCUUCUGUUAUCAAGCUAUUGCAGGUCAGAGGUGAUUAUUUCCUGUACAAGUGAGAACUCCUUCUUUUCCUCUUCCAUGGAAUCCUCCUGUUCUCCCUACUUGAAGCAACAUAUAGGAGGCAAAUAUAAUGACAAUGUACCAAUAUAUUUCCUUCUAUGUGUCCACUAUAAGCAGAUUACAACAUGGCCCACCUGGAACUCACUUACUUCCAAUGAGCAUUUUCCUACAAUGUAUUUCUUUCUAUUAAAAGUACCUCUGAUAUCCCAGCACUUUGGGAGGCCAAGGCAGGUAGAUCACGAGGUCAAGAAAUCGAGACAAUACUGGUCAACAUGGUGAAACCCCGUCUCUACUAAAAAUAUAAAAAAUUAGCUGGGCAUGGUGGCAGGUGCCUUAAUCCCAGCUACUCAGGAGGCUGAGGCAGGAGAAAUGUCUGAACCUAGAAGGCGGAGGUUGUGGUGAGCCAAGAUCGUGCCAUUGCACUCCAGUAUGGGUAACAAGAGCGAAACUUAGUCUCAAAAAGAAAAAAAAGUAGUAUAAAUAAACAAUGGAACACUAUUUACCUGUUAAAGGUAGUAAAUCUCAUCAUUUGAAUAAACAUAGAUAAAUUUAGAAGGCAUUUUGCUACAUAAAAUUAGCCAAACCUAAAUAGACAAGUACUUCAUGAUUUAUUUAUAUUUAGAACCUAAUAAAAUUUAACUCAAAAAGCAGAACAUAGAAUAAUAGUUAUCAGAAGCCGAGGGUGGUGAAAAAGAAAUAGAAAGCUGUUUAUCAAAGGUUACAAUAUUUCAAAUAGAUAGGGUAAAAAGGUUUUAAGGUCUAUUGAACAGCAGGAUGACUAUAGAAAACAAUCAUGUUUUGUAUAUUUCAAAAUAACUAGGAGUAAAUUUCAAAUGUCUCACCACAAAAAAUGGUAGGUAAGCAAGUUGUUAGAGGUUUUAUUUAACUUGACUUGAUUAUUUAAUAUUGCAUACAGUGCUCGCUACAGCAGCACAUAGACUAAAAUUGGAACGAUACAGAGAAGAUUAGCAAUUUGAAAUAAAUUUUUAAAAAUACUGUAUACAUAUAUUAAAACAUCACAUUUUCCACUAUCAAUGAUUACAACUAUAAUUAGCCAAUCAAAAAUGCUAUUAACACAUUAUUUUCAAAAAAAGAGAAGUAAACUUUAAGAAGUCAGGCCGGAGAUAACAGUGUUUUUAAUAUUAACGUUUUAGAAAACAUAAGUUUUUUUUUUAAAGACGGGGUUUCACCAUGUUGGUCAGGCUGGUUUUGAACUUCUGACCUCAGGUGAUCCACCUGCCUUGGCCUCCAAGGUGUUUGGAUUACAGGCGUGAGCCACCACGCCUGGCCCAUAAGUAUUUUUUUAAAUUUUGAAUGGCUUGCUGACUGAGUAAUGUAGAUAAGAAAACUUUUAAUAUUAUGAAUAGUAUGAACCCAGAACUCAGGAAUAAAUUUUAUUUUAAUGUUCAAAAUAAAAUAAUAAUUUAAAAGACAGACUCUUGAUAGGUAUGGUGGCUCAUGCCUGUAAUCUCAGCACUUCGGGAGGCUGAGACGAGCAGAUCACCUGAGGUUGGGAGUUCAAGACCAGUCUGACUAACAUGGAGAAAGCUUUACUCUACUAAAAAUACAGACUUAGCUGGUUGUGGUGGUGCACGCCUGAAAUCCUAGCUGCUUGGUAGACCAAGGCAGAAGAAUCACUGGAACUUAAGAGGUGGAGGUUGCAGUGAGCUGAGAGCACCAUGGCACUCCACCCUGGGCAACAAAAGUGAAACUAUGUUUCAUAUAUAUAUAUAUAUAUAUAUAGAGAGAGAGAGAGAGAGAGAGAGAGAGAAUGAAAUGAAAUUAAUCUAACUACCAUUAUAGCUCACACCUGGCUGUUGAGAAUAAACAUGGGAGGCUGGAUGCGGUGGCUCAAACUUAUAUUCCCAAGCAUUUUGGGAGGCAGAGGAGGGUGGAUCAUGAGAACAGGAGUUCAAGGCCAGCCUGGCCAAGAUGAUGAAAUUUCUUUUCUACUAAAAUUACAAAAAUUAGCCAGGCAUGGUGGCAGGCACUUGUAAUCCCAGUUAUGUGGGAAGUUGAGGCAGGAAAAUCACUUGAACCUGGGAAGCGGAGGUUGCAAUGAGCCCAGAUCACACCACUGCUCUCCAGGCUGGGUGACAGAGAGUCCUUCUUGAAUAUAAAAAAAAAAAGAAGAAACUUGGGUUACAAAUCACUGAUGUGGUCACUUUUUUUUUUUUUCAGGCUGAGUGUUUAUUAUUAUGAUGUAACAGAAUUACCAAAAAUUAACAAGUUUUCUGUUUACUUGCUGUGUGCCUGGUGCACCUAUGGCAUCAUUAUCUGCCUAAUGUUAUUCCCAUCCAAUAGUACCAAAUAUUAAAUGCCUUUAAUAAAGAGAUUCUUUAAACAGG